AUGGAUAAGUUGCGUGGGGCGCUGGACUUCUGCAUCCGCCACCAGACCGUCCUGGGUUACAGUAUUGUGUCCCUGCUGACAGCUGCCAGCGAGCACAUCUUCUCGUCUGUGGUGUUCCAGUGUCCCUGCAAUUCUGGGAACAUGCUGUAUGGCUCCGUCUUCCUCAUAGUGCCUGCCUUCAUCCUCUUUCUUCUUGGCUAUAUGGUGAACACCCUGACGUGGCGCCUGCUGACGGGCAGGUGCCCUCCGGAGACGGGCUGUGGCUGCAGCCCCUGGACAACCUGCACCCGCUACUGCCUCGGGAUGAUGCCGGGGACAAUCAGAGCCUUGGUGGCCCCGCUCACCUGGAUCGCGGUGGCCCUGCUCACAGCCAGCUUCUACGAGUGUGCGGCCAGCGGGAACGGCCUCAUAAGGAACCUCAUGUGUAAAGAUGAAGAGUGCCGCAAGCAGCUGGUCCAAAUACCCUGCAACGAGAAGCUGUCAAAGACUAUAUCGGGGGAUUUCCUCAGCCUUCAGGCACAGUCCCAGCUGAUAGGAUGGUUCCUGAUAGCCUUCAUCAUGACUGCAGCACUGAUUUCAACAUGCAUCAGCCGCUGUCGCUCCCCGGUUAGCUAUGUUCAGCUCAAGUUCUGGAAAAUUUACUUGGAAAAGGAAAAAGAGCUCUUUAAGACCAAGGCUAAAGAGCAUGCAACCAGGCUGGCAGAAAUAAAUACAAAUUGCUUUUUUGAAGCCACUCAGCCAGCAGCACUUCAGACUCCCAGCAACGAAGACUGGCAGAAGAUUUCUUUCUUGUAUACCUUAAAUUCGAAAGAGCAGUAUUACAGCAUCAUACACAAGUUUGUUAACACAAACAGAGGCAGCAGCGUGGGAUUCAGGGAAGGAGAUCAGAAUCCCCCUGUUUUAGGAUUUGUGGAUGAAAUGAGCGCAAGCGAAUCAGGGUUUUAA